AUGUACCCCUUCCCCAUGGCGAUGCACCCCGACCCGUCGGGUGUCUCGCGCAUGACGAACCCUGCUCCGAUGGGCUAUACGAUGCUGCCGCUCCCUGGCACCUUUCCCAUGCUCGAUGGCCCCUCGUUCCCGAUGCUCAUGCAGGUACCGCCCGUCUCGUCCUAUACCAUGCCUGGCAGCGAUCGCGCUCCUGACGCUGACGGGCGCUUCCCAGACGCCUGGGCGCCCCUCGCGCCAGCGGAGAGUACGGCGCCCACUGCGCCCGCUGCGCGCAUACCUAAUAUGGACGACCUGCUCGCGCUGUCGCGGCAGGCGCAGCUCGAGGCGGACGGUGGGCCCAAUGCGAACGUGUUUGUGUGCCCCCACUGCGAGAAGCGCAUCUGGCGGCGCCACCUGCAGGACAAGCAUGCCAUCCCCCUGAGCGUGCAGCCGCGGCGCACGCGCUGGGACCGCGAUGCGAACCGGCCCCGCAAUGCUGCCGAGCGCCGCGAGCGCAUGCUCGAGAGCAAGCGCCGCUGGGCGCGCAAGAAGCGCGAGGAAGAGCGCCGCUUGGCUGCCGCAGAGCGCGCCUCGGUGGACACUCCUGGCGCGGACGCCCACCGUGCCUCUCCCACGCCGCCCGGUGCGGCCGACGAGGCGCAUCGGGCGCCGGCGCCCGUGCGCGCCGCGUCCCCGGAGCCUACGCCGCCCGCCGAACCCGCGCGUGCGCGGGCGCCGACGAUGGUCGCGCGUCCACCCGCCGCCUGUGCAGGCACGGGCGGCGUCGUGCCUGGGCCUGGCGUGCUGCACCCGACGCCGCGCCGUGUGGCGCUGGCGCCACGCGACAUGAAUGUGAUGCGGCGCACAGAUACGGCCAAGUCGCCGAGCAUGCUCGACAGCAAGAUGUUCAUGCCGUCGCCCAUGCAAUCAACGCCGCUGCGCCAAGCCUUUGCGCACAUGACCACGUUCCCGAUGCCCAGCCCGAGCGAGACACGCAUCGUGCCCGACUCGGUGCGCCGCGCGCCGCCAGGCGUGCCGCUCUCGGCGAAGCGGGCGCCCGCGUCCCAGGGGCGGGGCGACCAGUUCUCCAGUCCGCAGCACCUGAACCUCACGCAGAGUUUGGGGCUCGCGCCGCACUCGGCCGCCAAGGGCUCCAACCCCUACGGAGGGCUCUAUGGCGCGCACGGCUCCAUGACGCCGAUGGGCGCUGCGGGCACGCCGCUCAGCCGCCUGCCCCUCGGCCUGACGCCGACCAUCGGCGGCCUGCUGCGUGGCAGCACGGGCCUGGGCGAUGUGUCCGGGAGCGGCUUCCUGGGCACCGGCGACCUGAGCGGGUGCAUGAUGGGCCUGCCGUCGCUCGACUCGCCGCGGCGCUCGUCGGUGCGCCGCGGCGGGCUGCGCCCCAGUGCCUCGUUCCACUCGAGCUCAGAGCGCGACGACGACGACGACCCCGACGACGACGGGGAAAUACGCAUCGUCUCUCCCUCGCUCCGGCAGCGUGUACGCGGCGCCACCAAGGCCAUGCACUCCAUUCGCUCCGAGGUCGGCUCGCCCCUCCGCCACGCGACAAAUGCGCCGCGGCCCCGCUCGCCGCGCAGCGCGACACGGCUCCGAUAG